AUGAUAUCAAAACAUUCAGCAAAUUGGGUCAAUAUCAUUGUUAUUCAAGGCGUAUACUCUGCAUUAUCGCCUUUUAAAAUCGGUAUUCCUAUUGAAAAGCGCCAGUUGCGACUGUUCCACACUUCCAAAAAGCCAUUGAAGAUAGCGCCAGUUAAGCCACAGCCAGGCGACUCAUAUACUGAAAGCUUCACCCAGAAUGAAAAGCUUUUGGUAUUGAUUUAUGAAGGCUUUUCAAAGUUAUUUCUGGUGGAUCUGGACGUGAAGGAUUUGCUUCUCAAAGGCACGGGCUACUCGGACUUUCUUACUAUUUCAGCGGCAUUAUCAACUAUACCUUACUUUGGUACCUCCACGCGACAAAAGUUUUCAAAACAGCACAUUCAUGUUGCUUCCAUUCCUGAAACUUAUGAGCUCAUGCAGACUUAUUCUCUACUUGCAGCCAGUCCUUCUCCUUCCUACUUUAAGCAAUUCAUUAUGUCCCAAUUGCAACUUUUGCACUACAACGCCCCGAGAAAAGAUGGCCUAUUAGCGUUGAUUGAGCUCGUUUGUGGCCUCCGCGAUAAGGAGAAUAUCAGCACAGAGGCAUUUGACCAUGUUGCGAGAGUUGUACUCUCCAAACCAAAGUCAGUUCCAACAGGUGCUUAUUUCGACAGCAUCGGAGAACAAGCGUACAACUUGCUAGUCAACAUUAAUCGCCCAAUUGUGGCCAACUGCAUAUGUCAUUUCAUGGAGCUUCUUUGGCACAAAAAUCAAUUAGUUCUGAACGACUUUUUCUUGAAGAAAUUCUGGUCUUGCUUCAAUCCUACAAAUGAUGUUCACUCAGAAGUGAUCGUUUCUGAAACUCUGUUGAACAACAACAUCAAUGUCCUCCUUUCGCUAACGAAAAAUGGUCUACCAAAAGACUUUAUGAUGGCUGUAUUCUCUCCAAUUCUAAUCCAGUUAUGGUCAUACUUCAAGUUUCUACGUCGGAACCUGCAACCUGAAGCGGUGAUAAAGGCAAUUUUGAGAGGUUUUCUAUUACUCUCAGAUUCGACGUCCAACUUUCUCACUGAUAUUGCUAAAAACCUUACUGUUGACGGUGGUGAAUUUUGGGCCUUUGCUAUGGGCCCCAAUCAGCUACCCCAAAUUGAAAGAAAACUAAACGGCUUGGAUGAGUCAAGCGUUUCGUCUGAUAAGCGAAUCAAUUCAUUCCUUGGAGAAUUAGAUGAGAGCUGUGCUGCUUUUGUUGAGCUCUGUGAAGACCUAGACGAAUCCUUAAUUCAGAGCAUGUUUUUGUCCAUUCUCAAACGGUGGUUGAAAACGGAUACUUCACAACGAAUUGAUGGAGAUGAAGACCCAUUUUUUGUGUUGGUUGACUUGCGCUUAUUGGAAUCCAUUGGUAACAAAUUUAAAGAAAAAUUGGCAAGGACGCCGUUUGGUAUGCUUGAACUUGUAUACAAUAUUUUGCUUGCCGAAACAACACCAGAGCAAACUAAGUCGAGUCUUUUAAACGAAACUGUCAACGAAGGAGAUUCUGAUGAUGAGGACGAAGAAGUUGAAACCCAACUGUCUACGCAUACCAUCAAUGUUGCUCUUGAACUAACUUCAGCAAUUAUUUCCGAGUCUACAUUAUCGUUGGACAAACAAUGCAUAGACUUGUUGAGACUGCUUGUGCUGGUGUUGAAAAAAGUCCAAAAAAAUGUCAGAGAUGACCAGUUGAAACUUACCAUUGGUUCCUUCUCUGAGAGAAUCAACACAGUGCUUGAAGGUGAUAAACCAAUCUCGAGUGCAAAAGAGGCUCAAAAGCAAACGUUGAAGAAAGCUAUCAUAAGUCUCAAUGAUCCAUUGGUACCUGUUCGAGCCCAUGGGUUGUAUCUUUUACGAUCACUUGUUGAAGAAAAGAGUGAAGUUAUAACACUCGAGUUUGUGUUGAAUUUACAUUUGAAUCAGUUGAAGGACUCCGAUCCCUUCGUAUACUUGAACGCAAUCAAAGGUUUGGAGAGUCUCAUACAUUGGGACGAGAAAGAUGUGGUGAAUAUAUUGACUAGAGUAUAUGCCUAUCCUGAUCAAGAUAACCUGGAAGGGUCAGAUUUGGAUGAAAGGUUGAAGGUUGGCGAGGUUCUCUUACGCUACAUUCAAGGGAAGGGCAGUGCAUUCUCAGGUUCUUUGGCAGAAACGGUAGCUGAUGCUACUUUGCAUUUAAUACGAAGAAGUGACGAAAAAUCAGUGGACUCUCGUCUCCGGAUGUCAGCCAUGUCGUUGCUAGGAGUUUGUUGCAAGACAAAUCCGUUGGGAAUUUUGAACAGAAUCGAGAAUGCACUAGACUGUGCUAUUGGUAUUUUGCAGCUUGAGACCGAUGUCGAUUCUUCAGUAAUGCGAAGAGCUGCUGUUGUCUUAAUCAAUGAUUUGGUAGAAGGAACCUCUUUGACGGACAAAGUCCCAUUCCCCCCAGAAUACAAAUCAAAAGUGUGGGAGAUUCUCAAUUAUAUCAGUUCGACAGACAAGGAUAUUUUGACGAGAGAACAAGCGUCGAUAGUUCUCGACUAUAUCAAAGAAUUGCUUGAUAUUUCAUUAGCAAAGAAGUAG